AAUAUGACGUCAGCUCGGGGCCGCCGCCGCGGGGCCUGGUUAUCACCGGUUCAGCGCAGCCCGGAGUCGCCCAGGCCUGAACUCCUAUCCAGGUCCCGGACGCAGGCCCCAGGCCCGCGAGGACACCGGAGGUCACCUCCCAGGGGUGGGGAGCGGAGUCGCGGGUCAGCGCUGCUAGCGCCCCGCGCUGGCCUGUUCGGCCCCGCCCCCGCCCCGGGCCAUGGCCCAGCCCUUGUCCCGGCCCCUCGUCCUAUCCCAAUCCCAGCCUUGGCCUCCGGCCCCUCCCUCGCCCCGCUUCCCAAAUCUGUCCCAACCCGGGCCUGGGUCCUUGCGAAUGCUCAGGUCCAGGUCCCAGUCCAGACCCCCUCUGCAGUCCCGGUCCCUGGCCUGGCCCCCAUCCUCGCCUCGGCCACUGUUCCACCCUCUGUCCGCAACCCAUCCCCAGCUUUUGCUCACACCCCUGGCUUAUCCCCGACUCUGGCUGCGUUCCCCAUCACAGUCCCUCCUUCCACCACACUCUCUGCCCUUGUUUAAGCCUCUGCGCUCAGCCCAGCCCAACCCGUUAUCUCACCCUUUGCGCUCGUCUCUGUGUUUGCCCUCUUCUCUCCCACUGGCCCCCCGCUCUUCUUUGUGUUUGCCCCCCUCUCUCCCACUGGCCCCCCGCCUCUCUCAUACUCUGCCCCUCUCCCAGCCUCGACUCGGGUCUGGGCUCCAGCUGCCGCCAGCUCUAUUGCUGCUGUUGCUGUUCUCUGUCCUUGGCCCUGGGGCUGGAGGCCUUUUCCUGACUGAUUACUCUACCUGCUCCCCCCGCAAGCUGAGUCCUUUCCGAUCCUUUGCCAGCACAGAGCUCUUCCACUUCCACAUUCCUGAGGACACGUUCCUAGCUGUGUGGAACCUCAUCAUCUUCAAGGAGCAGGGGGGGACCUUUGGAGACCACUGCCCGGAUCAGAGUGUGACUGUGUAUUUCCGGUCUGGGGCACCCCCUGUCAUCAAUCCCCUGCACACGCACUUCCCAGGGGACACAGCCGUGCCUGGGGUUUUCUCACUGACCCUCAGCUGGACACUGCCUAACCGCACCUCAGGCAUCUUUAAUGUCAGCAGCCCCUUGCCAGGGGACUGGUUCUUGGCUGCUCACCUUCCCCAGGCCCACGGCCACAUCUCUGUCAAGGGUCUCCAGGAUGAGUGCCAGUACCUCCUUCAGCCCCAGCUGAUUGUCCGUCGCCUGCUGGAUGUGGCUGUGCUGGUUCCUGGCCGUCCCUCAGAGCAAAGCCUCUCUCCCCACAAUCGUUCAGCCCUGUACAAGGUCUUUGUGCCCAGCUUCACUUACAGGGUUUCAGCGCAGCUGGUGUGUAUGGGGGGCCGAGGGGCGUCUGCUUGCCCCCUGACACUGCGCCUACGUCCCAAGGCCCCACCCCUGCACAACUCAAGCUCUGUGGCCUGUGGAGGUGCCUCGAUAUGCCAAGUGGAGCUGGCCCUGCCCCCUUGGGGGCACUGGGUCUACGUGCGUGUGGAGACACCAUCCCGGGGCCCUGGCAGGACCAUCCGCUUUCAACUGUGUGUGCGACUGCAAGAAUGCCCACAGCCCAGCCUGUCCCGUGCACUGGUUCCUGGAGCUGCUAUGAACAUGCCUCAGUCACUGGGCAACCAGCCACUGCCCCCAGAGCCACCAUCUCUGGGGACCUCUGUGGAGGUGCCUGGGGUCACAUCUCCACCUGAGCACUGCUGGCCAGUGCGCCCAACUCUGCGCAAUGAACUGGACACCUUCUCUGUCCACUUCUACAUCUUCUUUGGCCCAAGUGUGGCCCUUCCUCCUGAGCGCCCCGCUGUGUUUGCCCUGAGGCUGUUGCCAGUACUGGACAGUGGAGGAGUCCUCAGCCUGGAGCUCCAGCUCAAUGCGAGCUCCCUGCGCCAAGAGAAUGUGACAGUGUUCGGAUGUCUGACUCACGAGGUGCCCUUGAGCCUGGGGGACGUUGCAGUGACCUGUUCCAAAGAGUCGCUGGCCGGCUUCCUCCUCGCAGUCAGCGCUACCUCCAGAGUGUCCAGGCUGCGAAUUCCCUUCCCGCAGACGGGAACCUGGUUCCUGACGCUCCGUUCCCUGUGCGGGGUGGGGCCGCGGUUCGUGAGGUGCCGCAACGCCACGGCCGAAGUGCGGCUGCGCACAUUCCUGUCGCCCUGUGUGGAUGACUGCGGGCCCUACGGCCAGUGCAAGCUCCUGCGCACGCACAACUACCUGUACGCAGCCUGCGAGUGCAAGGCUGGGUGGCGGGGCUGGGGCUGCACCGACAGUGCCGAUGCGCUCACCUAUGGCUUCCAGCUGCUGUCCACGCUCCUGCUCUGCCUGAGCAACCUCAUGUUUCUGCCACCUGUGGUCCUGGCCAUUCGGAGCCGUUAUGUGCUGGAAGCAGCUGUGUACACCUUCACCAUGUUCUUCUCUACGUUCUAUCACGCCUGUGACCAGCCAGGCAUUGUCGUUUUCUGCAUCAUGGACUAUGACGUUCUACAGUUCUGUGAUUUCCUGGGCUCCUUAAUGUCCGUGUGGGUCACUGUCAUUGCCAUGGCUCGUUUACAGCCUGUAGUCAAACAGGUGCUGUAUUUGCUGGGGGCUAUGCUGCUGUCCAUGGCUCUGCAGCUUGACCGGCAUGGGCUUUGGAACCUGCUUGGACCCAGUCUCUUCGCCCUGGGGAUCUUGGCCACAGCCUGGGACAGAUACAGGUCCCUAAGAAGCCUGUACCCAAAUAGCUGGGAUUCAAGACUGGAUCAGGAGCGUAUAGAAGGCCAUGAAGAGGCAACAGAGCCAGGACACAGUCUACCAAGCUAAGGGCUUUGGAGGUGCUUUUGAAAAAGAAGGCCUUGUGAGGAAAUUAAGCAAGCUCCCAUAAUGCCAAGAUGCAGGGAGAGAGUUCUCUGUGGUUACAAGUGUCCAUGCUGCAUUCCUCCCUGGAGAUUGCUGUUAUUCCACCUGGUCCUCACUCAGUAAAGCACUUAGAACACUCAGCACAGUGCCCAGCCUGGUGCAUGGUACAUGUCCAGUACCUGCCAGCUCAAGGUCAUAGCCUCUGGGUGUGGGGAGAACAAGGGGAGCCCCAGAGGUGGGAAAGAUUGAUUUUAAUUCAUGGAAGUGUACAGAGUGUGGGAGUCUGGGUCUGGAGGUUGUGGAAGCACAGGUAGAUGGGCCAGGGCCUGUUCUUUACAUACAGGGUGCAGAGCCGGUAGAGUGAUUUAAGCAGCAGGGUUUGGUGGCCAGAUUGGUAUUUUGAUGGCUGGUGUGGGGGUGGGGGUGGGAGCGUGGGAGGACAGUGUGGUAACAGAAGUGGUAUACAGGGUCAGUGGGAAAGAGGGGACAGAUUUAAAGAGCUCUUGGAAGGGGGGCUCUACAGACUUAGUGGUUGAUGGAAGAGUGAAGUAUGGAAGUCUAGGAGGACCACCAUGUUUCCGGCUUUGGGUGAUGGCACCUUUCCUUGAGGUAGUGACAUCACUUGGAGUUGGUGAUGAUGAGUUCAGUUUUAUAGCUUAUAGAUUUUGAGUUUGAGGUGCUGGUGGGAUUCCUAGAGGUGGUGGGAAGCUCUUCUGUCUUGUCUCAUUGGGGCCCCAUUGCCUGUCUGCAAUGCAGGACUGUAGCAGCAAGCACUCCUGCUCCCAUGUGUGUCUGCACACACAGUCACACCAAGACCCCUGACCACUGCCUGGGGAGUGUGCAGCCAUCAGGCUCAGUCCACAGAUGUGCUGUGAGAGCUUCCAAGAGGCAGCUCAGUUCAGCAAGUGUGCUGUGGGGAAAGCCCUGUGGGAGCUGCACAGAUGAGUGAGACUGAACCGUCCUGCCCUGAAGAAGCUCUCAUGCUGGUGAAAUGUCAGGAGGGCAACUCAGGAUGAGACAGGUCCCAAGUGAAAGGUCUUGACAGAGUACCCUAGGAUGUAAAAAGAACAAUUUCAAAGUGCAUCAGAAAAAACUGCAUGAAAGAGAUGGUGUCUAAGCUGGCUUUGAAACUCAUCCUCAGUAUGAUUCACGAACAGCAUGAGCUAAGACCUGGAGGCGUGGGCAGUCCAGAUGAUGUAGAGAGGGGCUGGCCUGUGUGAAGGACACAGUGCAAAAUCAGGCUGAAGAAGCGGGUGGGCCCAGCUUCUGGAGGGCUUUGAAGAUCAGUGGAAGCAUUGGAUUUAAAGCUAUGGUAAUAGGAAACUAUGCAAAAUCUUUUAUCAGAAGAGUGAUCAAUCAAUCAGGAUUUGACCAAAGUGCCAGAACCACUGAGCCAUGUAAGGAAUUUAUUUUAAAGAUUACACCUGUAGGGCCUUCAGAGCAGUGAGUGAAACCUGUACAAAGCCAGCCCCUCUGUGUUUGGUGUUGGCUUGAAGUUGCUCGAGGCCCAGCUGGGAAAGAAACCUGGUUUAAAUUAGGGAGUAUAAAGGCAAAGCAGAACCCAGGAGGCCUCGCUAGGAGCUGGAUCUAGUUCUCACUGUUUUCAAGUCCAAUGAUAGAGUGCUCCUGCAGGAGAAGUUCGCACUUUUUGCCAUAGAGCUGUGUUUGGGCCAGACGGAGAACACAGGGAGAUGAUCUGGCUGGCACAGAACAGGGUGCACUGGCACAUGAGUGUUCCUGUGGAACCUGGUGCCAUUUAAGCUCAUGCCAAGGCAGAAGCAACAUGGUAGAAGGGCAUGGUAGGAGAAAGCUGCUCACCUAUGGCAGCCAGGAAGCAGAAAAGGAGCCAGAGAGGAACAGGCUGGGGACCUCAUGAUCCUCAAGGUCAUGCCUCUGUGAGGGACCUGUUUCUGUCAUCUCCCAAGAAUGUCAUAAAAUUAGAUUGUUUUUGAAGACGGCCUUUUUUUUUUUGAGACUAGGUCAGGCUGACCUUGAACUCACUGUGUAGCCCAGGCUGGCCUUGAACUCACAGUGAUCCUCCUGCCUCAAUCUCCUGAGUGCUGGGAUUACAGGUGUUUGCCACCAUACCUGGCUAUGAUUUUUUAUUUUACAGUUUUUAUUUUUUUGAGACAGGAUCUUACCAUGAAGUUCAGACAGGUCUUAAAUUCAUUACGUAGCACAGGCUGGCCUUGAACUCACACUUGUGGUGAUCCUCUUGCCUCAGCCUCCCACGUACUGGGAUUACAAGCGUGUGCCACCAUGCCCAGAUCUAAAAUUGCAUUUUGAUCAAUGGGUUAAUUCACUGAUGAAGUUAAAUCUCUAUAAUCCUGUCACCUUCCAGAAAUUCAUCCUCUAAACACUCGAACAUUUUGGGAGACAUUUAAAGACGUGUGUGAUGGCACACACUAGUAGUUGGGAGGCUGAGGCAGGAGGAUCACUGUGUGUUCAAGACCAGGCUGGGGUACAAAGUGAGUUCAAGGCCAGCCUGAACUAUGUAGCAAGAUCCUGUUUCAAAACACAAAAGAAAACAAAAGAUCCCAGCCCUAGUAUUUAAGCUGGUGGACAUUUCUUGUGGGUAACCCAAAGCAUUCCCAGACAGGAGGGAGAUUCUGAGACGCACACUUCCAACCUUAUUCGGCUGAAAUAGUGCAAAACUGCACAAACUAACCAGACCUUUGCUGAGAUGAUUAACCUGGCACAGUCCAAGGGGAGUGAAUGAUCAGGGCAGAGAAAGCCAGUCUCCAGGAGCUCUUGGGUUGAUUCUGCAGAAUGGCAUAUGGUCACUAGUUGUUCAUGUCUCUCAGUCCUUUCCUUCCUUCCAAAUACAGUAGCAGGGCUUCUCUUCCACCCUGACGUUAUCUGUGCCUCCUAACAGACCAUGAACCAGGAGUGCAGGAAAGCGUGAGUACUUGUGAGUGUAAGCCAGGAGUUGGUGCAGACUUCCUUCCCUUCCCUUUUCCCUUUGCCAUGCUGAGAUGAGGAAAACCAUGCAUAGCAGAACCCCAGCCGAGCUGGGUGAGAAAUAAACCGUAAUGUGUUUAAGUCAUGGAAAAUCUGAGGUUACCACCGCAAUAUAGCCUUGCCUAUGCCUGCUGAAGAGAUGGGGGAGCAGCAGCAAAACUGGGGCAUUUUCCUGGAGAGCAGAGCUCUCCCUCGUAGAGCUGUGAUAGCAGCUUUAACCUCUGCGUUCCGCAGGCUGUAGAUGAUGGGGUUUAGUGACGGUGUCACGGCCCCAUAGAACAAUGUGACAAUUUUAUCCACAUUGGGGUCCUUGGACUUCGGUCUGAAGUACAUGAAGGAAAUGGUCCCGUAGAACACCACCACCACCGUGAGGUGGGCAGAGCAGGUUGAGAAGGCUUUGCGCCGGCCUGUGGCAGAGGGCAGCCUGAGGAUGGCAAGCAGGAUUAAAAAGUAGGAGAGGAAGAUGAGGAGGAGCGGGGUCAAUGUCAGAACAGCCGUGGCCACCGUUGUUGUCACUACAUUGAGCGAGACGUCACCACAGGCUAGUUUGAGCACUGCCAAGAUCUCACAGAAGAAGUGGUUGAUGACAUUCUGGCCGCACAAGGGGAGGCGCCACACGAGGAUGGAAUGCAGCAGCGAGUUGGCAAAGCCUGUUCCCCAGCUCAGCGCUGCCAUCCGCAGGCACCUCUGCCCAUGCAUGAGCUCUGGGUACCUAAGUGGCUGGCAGAUAGCCACAUAACGGUCAUACGCCAUCACGGCCAGGAGCAGGCAUUCUGUAGUACCCAGCGCUAGGGUCAGAUACAUCUGCAGGGCACAGCCUGGGAAGGAGAUGGUUUUUCGGGUUUCCAGUAAGUUAGCUAACAUGAAGGGCACGAAGGAGGAGGUGCCGCAGAUGUCUAUGAGGGAGAGGUUACUGAGAAAGAAGUACAUGGGAUUGUGCAGGUGGGGCACCAGGGUGAUCAACCCUAUGAGGAGGGAGUUCCCUAGUACAGUCAUGCAAUAGAUGCCCAGGAAAAACCCAAACAGGACCAGCUCCAGGUCACGAUGCUCCUGGAGCCCCAGCAGGACAUAUUCCUUCACAGCGGUACAGUUUGCCCCAUCCAUCUUGUUCUCUUUCCUUUCCCAUCUGGACCACACAGCUUUUUGGAAAAAGCGCUGACUGGCAGGGAUUUGUCACCUGCAGCAGCUCGGCUCACUCUGGGCUUUGGCUUCACUGUGUCUGUGAGGGAGAGACCUUGAGUUUCAGGGCUGUGCUAGCCCUCUCAAUUCUGCAGUUCUCCUGAUCUAACUUGGGCAGGGAUGUUUCUCCUGGCCCUCUGGACCCCUUCCUUCCUUCCCAUGCUUUGCUUAGAGGAGGCAGUACAGUAGGGUUCAUGUUUGCCUGGCUCCCUCAGAAUUGCAAGUGUUAAGACUAUUCACAGGAAGAAUCUCUUUUAGGUUAUGACUUCAUAUGACUGACUGGUACUCAUAAUAUUCCAGGUGCAUCCAUUCAUUGACUAUUGAGUACCUCUUCUGUGCUAAGGCAUUGGGGCUCCAGCAGGAAGAAAAAAGAUCCCACAUCCACCACAUUUGCUACCCCCCUUCUUUGAGUGAGGUGUGAGAUGUGUUCUGGAAGACAGGCCUGUGAGCAUAGAUAAUCUUGCCCAGGGUCCUUUUGGCCAUGAGGGUGGGGCCCUGGCUCUGCAGGAUGUAUAAGUCUGAUUUCAGAUCAUCUCUCCUAAAGGAAUCAUAGACCAUUAUUAUUAUUUAUUUUUUGGGUGGACAAGGUCUAACUGUGUAGCCCAGGCUGGCCUCCUGCGUCAGCCUUCCAAGUGCUAGGAUUACAGGCCUGUGCUAUUACACCUGGCUUACACCAUUAAUUUUUAAAAGGACACACAUGAACAUACACAUCCCAAUAGAGCUACUGGUCACAAGACUCAGCACUGGCCGUGAAAGCCAGUGACUGACUUCUUGGCUUCCAUAUUGCUUUGUAGGAUACAUGCAGUUGGCAGGGAUGCCACGCACUGGAACCAAGUACAAAUGUGGUGGAAGUGGAAUCAGUCACUGACUAACUGUGGAGAAGGAGGGCAGGAAGGGCUUCAGUUUCUUCCCAGGCAGCUGCCACUGCUCUGCUGAGCUAGUCUCACUGCCUUCUUGGGGAAGGCCAGUGUCAGGUACUAACAGGGGGGACCCUAGGUGCCUCCAAAGCACAAGAGCCUUAGGAAGGAAAGCUAUCUUGUGUGGUCCCUGGUCUAAAGGAGAAAUAAGGGCUGAGUAUGAACUUCUGCUCUUCAUUCUGGGACAGCAGUGAAGCCCUGGGUCUUUUCUCCUGGGCUGACGUGUUCCCCCUCAUCCCUUAAUUGGAUGCACCUGCUGGGUCUGUACUUGCCACAUCCCGGACAAGGGUUCAUGACAUCGUCUCCCCACAGAGUCUGGGCUCUUUCAUUCUCAACCCUGAAUUAAGGUGAUUGUUAAGGAACUGGUUCUGGAACACACCAAAGCAGUAACUCACCUUAACGCUUACCCACUGAGGAUUUUAAGGCAGGGUCUCUUGUUAAAGUUGGGGGAGAUGAAGAAAUGCUCCAGUGUGAUGGUCAUUCAUUACUCCGAAGAUAUUUACUGAGCACGUCCCAUGCGCCGGGGCCUGUCGUAGUGUGGACAAACGGCCACUUCAGAGUUGGUGGUCACUUACUCAUUUGGUCUUAGUGUCCUUGGAUGUAUCCCUUCCUGUCUUUGGGCUUUAGACCUCUGGGGUUCUUUUAGAAUCUGGGGUAUAAAGACAGGGUCAAACCUGAAGUCUGCAAUGAUUUUGACAAGCCUUUCAAAGGCUUUGCUGUCUUUGCUGAGUGUGUGUUUACAAAAGACCUAUAUUCAUUUCAAAGUCUGAUGCGGUUUCCACACAGGUAAAGGGUAGAAACCCAUUGACUUGGCAGUUCUCUUUCUUAUCCCUGCCUCUCAGAACAAAGGCCCAGGUGGGAGUGGCAGAGGCUUCCCUGAGCAGGCUCUGGUCUGCUCCCUUUUGCGAUUCCCACCUCAUCCCUCACGUAUGCUUGCUCAGCCUUACCAGGAUUUGGACAAAGCCCGCACAUCCUGGUCUCGUCUGCCUCCCCAUGAGCCCUCUUUCAGCUGGACUGACCUUUCCUGUCCCCGCACUGCUCACGGCUCAGCUCCUAUCUUUCUUUUCGGUGCCACCUUCUCAGAUACCUCCGUAGAGCUGAGCACCCUGCAACAGGAUGGCCCUCUCAGCUAUUAGCACAGAUGAAUUUCAUUUGCCUACAUUAUGGUUGCUGUGUUGUUUGUUUGACUAUUCUGUGAAACAAAUCUGUGCUAUUGAAGUGAAAGGAUCAUAUCUCAUUCAUCACUGUCACCCGGCACUCAGGAGUGUCAGUGAUUGUCAUUUAAAUUGAACUGUUAAUUUGGAUUCAGCGCUGCUGUUCUGUCAAAAAGCUGGAUCCCAACAUCCCACUUUGAUACCAAGGGCCCCUCCCCACUCCAACACACCCAAAUGAAUGUUGCAGCCUAUGUAACUGCCAGGGGAACUUAGGGGCCAGUCUUCUACCUACAGGAGCAGCUCUUCUGGCUGGAGGACUGCAUCAGGAGCAGGUGGACUUCCUUGCAAGUUGAGUCUGAUCAUAACAUAUUCAUGGACAUUAGAACCAGCCCAAAGAAGUCUGAGUCUAGCAAACACCAUGCUUCCAGGCAAGCAAGAGCUUUGGCUCUGCAAUGUGGAUGGGACAUCAGGGAGUACCAGGAUGGUACUGGGUUAUGCUGUGGAAAUACCUGACUUUGCAGUUUUAGUGAUGUAAUGGGAGAAAGGUUUCUUUCUUUUUCAUGCUACUUGUACAUGGUGGGCUUCAGGGGCUGUACUCAAAGACCUUGGCUGAUGAAGUCUGCAUAUGGGUGGGAAAGACAAACUACAAGCAGUUAGAUGUUUAGUCCCAGAAGUGACAUGCUUCACAUCUGCCUACAAGUCGCUAGCUCCUUGUAGUUCUAACAUGCCCCGAAGGAAGAGAACCAGAAAUAUUGCUGAACAGACUCUACAUUUAGAUACCAUGGUGUUUCACAACACACUCAGAAAACUGUUCUACCAUCUGUCUGCCAUGCCACAUACCCUGCCAUGUUCCAGGAAAUCAGAUUCACAGAGUGAAAGGAAAUUUGUGCAUGGGGCGGAGGAGGACCCGAGUUUAAUUCUUUGUUCCUGUUCUGCUGUGUGACUUUGGCAGAGUCUCUUUUUGGGACAUAGAGCUAUUCAAUUCAGUGACCUCUUGUAUUGCGUAAUCUCUAAAACAUUUCCUCACAUCUUUCUAGAAACUUCCAUCCCUAAGAUCUGACAGACCAAGGUCAGUUUGCAAGGUAAAUAUCGCAUCAAUCUUAUUGGCAGGAAAUUUUACUUUUGUCAUUUAGGUGAGGGAAUAAGAGGAGAGUUUCAGGUACAGCUUCCAUAAAAUCGAGGUCUUCCCUGUGUGGCAGGGGAGUUGAGAGUGGGCUUUAGAGUCAACUUGUCAUGGUCCAAGCCCAGCGCUGCCUUUCCUCACAUUUCUCAGUGCCCUUACUUGCAGUGGGAAGGAGUAGUAAGUACUUCCUGGGGGCAGGCGUUUAUUGUGAGGAGCCAGUGAGGUGAAGUACUGCUCUCAGCACAGAGCCUGGCGUGUAGUGAAUAGUGAGUGGCGGGUGAGAUUACUCUCAUUAUCGUUACAAACCUUUCCCCUUAUGGUGACUUCUGAAUGUUUUAGAAAGAUUUCCUAAGAAUAACAAGCCAGGUGAAAGCACCUUACCUCAUACUGGCCCAGGUGCUGAAGUGUGUGCAGGGAGCUGGAGCCCGGUGAGUGGGCCUGAGGCUUGGGGGAACCAAGGGGAAUAGCACCAAUAUUACCAGUAGUACGUGGUUAGUGCAGGCCAGGUUGAGGGCUCCAAGGAUCAGCUUCUGGGUCCCCUGUCACGUAGACAGCCUGCUUGCUCCCUGCUCUUGGGACCUCACAGUCCCUGCCCAAUUUAAAGUUCAAACUCUGCAACUACACAAAGUAGCAGGCCUGGCAGCUGAGGGAGAUGAGCUUCAGAGACUCUGGGUUCCUGGUCCUGUCCCAGGGGAGCCCUGCUGGAGUGAGGAGAGCACAAGAGAUGCUGGACUGGAAAAGUGAAGACUGGGCCUGUUGUAGCCCUGCACCUUGGAGGCCCCUCACUAGGCUUGGGUAUUUGGCCUGUGAAAUGGUUUAUGUCCUUGCUAAGAGGACCUGGAUUCACCCAAGUUUAAGGAGAUUUAACUGACACCUUCAGGGUAUGAGCGAGUCCUUCCAAGUCAAAGAUCUGGUUAAGCACAUGAGUUUUCACAGGCUCCUCUAUUCCUGUCCCCUUUCCUUCCUGUCCUUUCACAGUACAGAUAAUAACCUGACACAGUGUAGACACUAACAAACUGCCUUCAGUAAAGCAAGAGACAUUGUAGAUUGUUGUGGUGCCUUGUGAUUGAACUUCUGGAAUUUUGUCAGGAACAUGCGUCCAGGUAAGCACUGGGAGAGUGUGAGUGCUUAUUUUCUGUCCUACUGUACAGCAGUGCCCCUGUGCCUCCCUGUCGAAAGCUGAACUAAGCAGCCAAGUGCAAAUUCAUUGUCUCUUCCCGCCCCAAUGCCUGCUGCUGUCUCCCCAUGUAUUUGCCUAUGUAUUAUAGUUUAAUCUCCCAAAUAUGGCUUACUGUGCUAGUCAGUGUCCCCCAAAUACCUCUCAUCUCUGCUUCUGUGCUUCAAGUGCCUGAUUACUGCGGCAGCCCAUUUCCAACCCCGAGCUGUGUCUUUUCCUCUGAUGUCCUCUCUCUCCCACUUCUUAAAGUGAAUGCCUUUCUUAAAAAAAGUUCAAAGUUAUGUUCAUUUUAGAAAUACUGAACAAUCGUGAAAAUAAGAGAAGAGUGCUUAUCUGCAGGCCCAUCAUCCAGAGAAAACAACUGUUAGUUAAUAUUUUGUCAUAGUUCCCCAGAAUUUCCCAUAAAUAUGUAGGUAUGUAUAUAUACAUAUAUAUGAAAAUAUACUUUAAAAAUAAAAUUAGGAAGAUACUGA